GCCCCGCGCCCCGGGCGCCUGCGACCACAGCGGCCGCCCGGGGAGGAAGAGGAGGAGGAGGAGGAGGAGGACGAGGGGGGAGGUGACAAACUCCGGCUCGGCGCGGCGGCAGGCAGCCCGCGGUCAGGCAUGCAGGCGCGGCGUCUAGCCAAGCGCUCCAGCCUGGGCAGCCGCCGGGGGAACGCCGCGCUGCAGCCGCCAGGCCCCGCGCCCGCCCGGGAAGGCUCGCUGCCCGGGCUCCCGCCCCCCGCCCCGGCUCCGGCCCCAGCCCCGGCCCCGGAGAGCUGGAGGCCGCCACUACCGCCGCCGCGCAGCGCCGGGACCGGCCCCCCUCGGGCCGCCGGGGCCGCCGCCGCCGCCGCUGCCGCCUCGUCUCCGGUGCUGCUGCUUCUGGGGGAGGAAGACGAGGACGAAGAGGGCGGGAGCAGGCGGCGGAGGGGGCUCGGGCGGGUGCAGGCGAAGCCCCGAGGGGGCGCGGAGGAGGAGGAUGACGACGAGGAAGACGAGGACGAGGAGGUGGUCGUCGAGGUGGUGGACGGCGACGACGACGACGAGGACGGCGAGGAGCGCUUCGUGGCCCUCGGCCCCGGCCGCCAGCUCCCCAAGGGCCCGGGCCGGGGAGCAUUGAAGGUGGGGAGCAUUAAGCGGGAAAUGGCCUUCACAUUUCAACCAGAGGACUUAAAACGUGACUCUAGUAAAAAACUGUCUCAUCAACACUUGUUCCCCUUGGCCAUGGAGGAGGAUGUGAAAACAGCAGACACCAAAAAAGUCAACCGAGCCCUUGACCAUGAAAAAGAAAACACUCGCUCCAUCUGUCUCCUUGAACAAAAACGAAAAGUUGUUUCUUCCAAUAUUGAUGUUCCUCCAGCAAGGAAAUCCUCAGAGGAACUGGACAUGGACAAGGUGACAGCAGCGAUGGUACUGACUAGCUUGUCCACCAGCCCUUUGGUUCGGAGCCCUCCUGUGCGGCAGAACGAGGGCCUGAGCGGAUCGUGGAAGGAGGGAGGCGGCGUGCCUUCCAGCACGAGCAGCAGCGGCUACUGGAGCUGGAGCGCCCCCAGUGAUCAGUCCAACCCGUCCACGCCGUCGCCGCCGCUCUCCGCCGACAGCUUCAAGCCCUUCCGCAGCCCCGCGCCCCCGGACGAUGGCAUCGACGAGGCGGAGGCCAGCAACCUUCUCUUUGACGAGCCCAUUCCCAGGAAACGAAAGAACUCCAUGAAGGUGAUGUUCAAAUGCCUCUGGAAAAACUGUGGGAAGGUUCUGAGCACUGCAGUGGGUAUCCAGAAGCACAUCCGGACCAUUCAUCUUGGGCGUGUUGGGGAGUCUGAUUACAGUGAUGGAGAAGAAGACUUUUACUACACUGAGAUCAAGCUCAACACAGACUCGGUGGCAGACGGACUGAGCAGCCUGGCCCCGGUUUCGCCCUCCCAGUCCCUGGCUUCGCCUCCUACUUUCCCCAUCCCAGAUUCCAGCAGAACAGAAACUCCUUGUGCCAAAACUGAGACAAAAUUGAUGACACCCUUGAGCCGCUCCGCUCCCACCACCCUCUACCUCGUGCACACCGACCACGCUUACCAGGCCACGCCCCCUGUGAACAUUCCAGGAUCGGCCAAGUUCACCCCCAAUGGCAGCAGCUUCAGCAUUUCUUGGCAGUCUCCUCCAGUUACCUUCACAGGCAUUCCAGUGUCACCAACCCACAGUCACCCGGUGGGCACAGGAGAGCAGAGACAGCACACUCACACCGUCUUGUCCUCCCCACCCAGAGGGACGGUCAGCCUAAGGAAGCCCCGGGGAGAGGGCAAGAAGUGCCGGAAGGUGUACGGCAUGGAGAACCGUGACAUGUGGUGCACGGCCUGCCGUUGGAAGAAGGCCUGCCAGCGGUUCAUUGACUAAUGCACAGGCCCCUGCUCGUCGCCCAGACACUCCUGCCCUCGACUUGUGCUGAGGGUGCCGGAAAGCGCUUUUCCUUCUGAACAAAACACAUUUGAAACCCAGGGAAAGCACUUCCGGGAACCUUGGUGAGAUCACAGCAAAAAACAAAAGAGGUCACCACCCUCACUGUUCUUGCUGAGAACCCAGCCGAGAGCAGCUGUAACUACUUUUUUCCUUAAAAAAUCAACUUUUUUUUUUUGCUGUAUGUCUAGCUCUGAAAACUGUGGACUUCUGUAGCAAUCGAACCAACCCAGCCCAUUUUUCCUGGAAAGGAGGCCUAUUUUGAUAACCUUUCUGGAUAACGCCGUUUCUGAGAUUUUUUUUUUUUUUUUUUUGACACUUAAAAAAAAAGCUACAUGUUAUUCAGUAGCAUUUGUACAAAGAGCGAUACCUGUUUUCAUUGUGAAUAGUCUUUUGCCUGUUCUCCAUCGGACUUCUGGGAGCAGUACACAUCAUGAUGUGUUGCCAGGAAACGGCGGCACUCUGGGUAUCUUUUCUAUGUCUUUUUUGUUUGUUUGUUUUGUUUUAAAGAAUGGCCCCAAACUGAACCACGGUAGAGCUGUUAGCUUGAAGGGCCCAGGAGGGCAUAAGCUUGAAAAAAGAUAGACAAUGGACAUCACCAGCAGACUUCAGCCCCAGCUGAGUUCAGGACAUCCCGCUGUCACUGUUGGGAAACGUCUGGGAGUCUUCCUCGGAAGCCUUCCCUGAGGGGUGGCCCGGCCCACGCUCUCCCGGCCACAACGCACUCAAGACCUGGCACUCGUUGCCAUCUGGGUAAGCUUCAAAGCUUCCUUCAGGGAUGUGACGCCAGCCAUAGCUCGGAUCUCUUCAUCACUGCUUAUCUGACAGUUGUUGCCAGGUCAGUGGCUCAUCAGGCCUUCCUUCCCUCAAAACGCCACCGCUGACUGUUUUCAGAAAAGGUAGAGAACUCCAGACCAUCCCGGCAGGUGUGCUUUACACAGCAGAGCACAGCCUCCACGUCCCCAUCUGUUCAGAAAGUUAUGUGAGGUCAACAUCCAUUCUGAGUGCACUUUUAUAGGUUUUAUGCUUUAGCAUGUCUGGGAGAUGGGUUAAUGAACAAUGUAAAGAUUAUAUGGGGAAAAGGAAGGUCCAAACCUUUAUUUUUCUUAUCAAAAUAUUGGAGCUAUUCAUUAAGAAUUUGCUCAGAAGGGAACAUACAGAACACCAAAAGGAAAAUGCGUGUUGGUAUAGGAAUCUCUCCAUUUAAUAGGACCAGGGCUUGCACUGUGUUCCAUUUAUUAGACUUUCUAGCAUGGUAUUUGUUUGUUUGUAUGUCUUGGUGGUAGUGGUGCGGGGACAGGGGAGUAGUUGUCAAGCCCUAUAAAUAAGCUCAUUCUCUGUCUACCCUACUCUUGAUUGCCCUGCUAAAGUUAUUCCUCCUAUACCUAUGCAAAGAAGUAAGAGCACCUUAUAGGAUGCACUGUGUCGGGACGGGGGCCUAGGAUCAGCCAUAGGAAUGUUAAAUGAAAUUGCACAGAGCAAAGUUUAAUAUAUUUAGAGAUUGUACAUACGCUUUUUUUUGAAAGAGUAGAAAGAAGUCAUCUAGUCAUAAGGACUAUCCUCUUUUUUUUUAUUAAGCAAGAGAAAAAGAAGGAGGUUCUACAGUGUAACAUCUGCAAUCUGUGCAUUCAUAUAUUUUGGCAAUUUUAUUUUUUAAACUCUCACAUGACAUUUGAAGCAUUAUUCCUUGAAAGAGAUCCUGUUUUCCUCCUUCAUUUAUUUUUUUCUUUAAAAACACUUAUUUUAAGAGCAGAGAAAGAGCUUCAUUUAAUAUCACAUCGUGAUUACCAAUCAAUACAGCACCAGCUAUAAUGUAUGUUUGAGCACUAACAAAGUCAGCCAGGAAAGGGUUUUUUAAGUGCAGAAACGUAUUUGCAUCCUCUACCCCAGCCUGUCUUUUCUCCUCCCUGGUGUCUUGUCGCUUCACCCACAAGCAUCUCUGCUGGGAGGUGAUGCUCUGGCCUGGUCCAGAAGGCCCUGCACUGUGGCUGGAUUGCCCAGUGGCCACGGUCAGUCCAAGGCUGGUCAGCCAUUUCAGCAGGCUCAGCGUGGACUUCAGUGAUGGUUGGGGUGCAGUAGUGGAGCAGAGGGUUUUCUCUUCAGCAAAGUUCCAUGGCCCUUGAUCCUUGGAUUAAGUCACUGAUCAAAAGAGAUUAAAGUGAUGAGGGGCUAAAUCCAUCCCCUACUCCCAGCACUUUGGGACACAAGGAGGGAGCAGUGGCUGUGGAGCAGUCCUAGAGUGAGGCUCUGUGACUCUGCCCCCAGAGGUACAGCCCGUGACUAGUGCUAGGCUCUGGCCUGGCUGAGCCAAGCUCAGUCCUUGCCUGGGUAUUAGCCAAUGCACCGAUACAAGCAAAGGGUAGAGCUGGAUGCAGCUUCCUUGGGAUUUCUUCUCCUUCCAAAGCCUUCUUCACACACACUCUCUGCAUCUCACACUCACGCGGGGCUCCUUUCUGCUGGCCAGCCCGGGGCUCUGUGUGUCCUCUUCUCUAGCUCUGAGGUGGGCACAGACCCUCAGUACUUCCUGCACACAGACACUGAUUGCCUGUACCAAGGCAUGUAAUGACUAGGGAACUACCAAGCUUCACCUGCCUGGCCUUGAAGAAAAGGGAUGAAACUUCUUUUAAGCCACCCAGAAAGCUACAAAUUGCAAUAUACAGUACUGAUUAUAAAUGCUAAAAUUAAAAAAAAAAAUGUAGAGCUAUUUUGUUAUAUUUUGGAACUAAAUGAAGUGCCAAAUUAAGUCCAAGAUUUGUUUUAUGCCUCCUCUUUCUUUUUUUUAAAGAUUUUCUGAUGUGGACCAUUUUUAACGUCUUUAUUUAAUUUGUUACAGUAUUGCUUCUGUUUUAUGUUUUGGUUUUUUGGCCCCAAGGCAUGUGGGAUCUUAGCUCCCCAACCAGGGAUUGAAACCACACCCCCUGCAUUGGAAGGCAAAGUCUUAACCACUGGACCACCAGGGAAGUCCCUGUUUUAUGCCUUCUCUGUGGUACCACGUUCUUUUCUGUGUUCAUUUGGCAGGUGGAGGGGAGUACGGGUGGGAAGGGAAGCCCCAGGGCAUGUGGCUGCUUGACCAAAGCCUCGCCCAUCACGGGCACCUGUCUGUGCAAAAGGAACGGCAAUGCAGUGGGUUCUGGUCCCAGAGCCUUUCUAAAGAAGGCGUGUGGUAGCCUUUGACUUUUCUCUCCCCGUUACCCUUUCCUUCAGAAAAGAUUUCUCAUCUCUCUCCAAAGAAGGCAUUUCCUGGUGAUGGACAGGCUUCUCCAGAUAGCUGCACAGCAGAGAGCAGUCAUUUUAAGCCUUAGUUCUUCCCAGAGAAUGUGCAACCAAUUUAUGGGAGGCAGUGGGACCACCUGGAGGAAACACCCGGGUAGCAAGUGGGUGGGGAGCCAGAGAGGAGAUACAGGAGGGCUGUGGACACCUGGCUCGGGCUCACCAUGCUAGUGCUGAUCAGCUGGUGGUGACUGUCCCUGGGCACCUCCGAGGGAGCUGCCAGGUUCCCGCUCUGGGAGCAGCUGACUGAAGCAAGGAGAGAGCUCCUUUGCGGGAAGCACUCAGGCCAGGGAUGCAGGACUGCCGUGCGCAUCUCCGGUGGGCACAGACUGCUCUCCUCCUCACUUGCUGGGAAGUUCCCUCCCUUGUUUGGUAAAAGCCAGUGUCGGGAAGAGGGCAGUGGGUUUCUGAGCAGGAAUGUGCGUGCCUGUCAGCAGCUCCGUGCACCAACAGGGUGGGUGCCCUUUAUGAGACGAUCCUUUGUCCAGGCAUAACUGUGUUGCAGAUGAACACUUUCAAUAUGAUGUGUGUUACAGUUCUUGGGCUUUCCAACAAAACUUUAAAAAAAAUAGUUACAUGUAUGUUGCAAAAGAUUUCUGAAACUGACAUGCCCUCUAUCAAAUUUCAAGAUCACUUAAGUUGAAGUCCACUGUCGCUGGUGUCACACUAAGCCACACUUGAAAGCAGCCCUGGGUUCUGAAUUAGCCGGCACUGCUAAAACCCAUUUCCGCCUUCAUCCGACUUCAUUGGAAAAGGAAAACGCAGCAUUCACUUGGGAAUGUUUAGAGAAAAGUGACAGAACUUGUACAUAGGGGAGAGAAUACCUUGAGAAUAGUAGCAAAAUACUGUAAAAAAUAUUCUUUUCCUCAGGGAAAACUAAAGGGUAUGUGAAAAAUAGAUCUGGAGGAUCCUAAGACUAGAAAGGUUUUUAUUAUCUCCAGCAUCUUUUCUAGUCAGAACAGUUUUUGUUUGUUUGUUUGUUUGUUUUUUAAUGAACACGAUACCAUUUCAAGACAAACUGCCAUGAACUGGACAGUACCGACUUUUUGAGGUGUGGAGGAAUGCUCUAUGAAACAGAACAGUUUCUUUGUUUCUUAGACCUGCAUUCUAAGGCUGACAUCUGAACCACAGCACAGUCCCUGGUGGGUUUUCACAGACUCAUGUAAGGCUGUUUGUGAAUGUAAUUAUGAAUAUGACACCUUGGUGUUCCUUUUUAUAAUCAGCCGGUUGGAUGACUGGUUAUUAGCUGAAUUCUAUAGGUGAGGGACGUGAAAGACGUGCAUUUUACUUUAACAGCAGGUUAAGGAGCAAACUUCCAUGGACUUUUGUGGACAAGGUGCUGCUUUUUCUCAUGACCCUGUAGAAUUUCUGUCAACCACAUCAACUGUAGCUCUGACCUGUAUGAACGCAGGGAAGAAUUUGUGCAUACAAAUGAGUGGAAACAGAGCACGAUUCAUGAAUAUGGAUGAGGAUGUGGAUCAUUUUGGAGAAAGCGCUGGGCACACGGGUCAACUGGAAAUUUCAUUUCUCUAAGAAAAUUACCCAACCAGCAGCACACACGCUUUCCCUGUUCCCCAUACCUGUGGGAAUUCCUCCAGAGCGGAACUGUUUCCUUCUGUCUUUUGCAUUGUAACUAGUCAAACCGGAAGUCAGUAAAUAAAACGAGCUUAGCACUUUUAGGUACCAAUUGUAUCACUAAGUAAUGCACACCACUAGAGCAAGAAAGUAUAAAAUGCAUUUAAAACCGACUGGUUUGCUUAUUGUGACUGACUCUGAAAAAGUCCAGAUCCAAUCAAUGAUAUACAUGCUUUAAAAGGUGUAUCUAUCAUAGGACCAGAAAUCAAAAUGGGAAUUUUACUUCUGGUCCUGUUUUGUAAAUAGUUCCUUUUUUUUUUUUUUUAAGACAAUCUCAUGUUUUAUAACUUUUCUUGUGAGUCUGAGAAUCACAAUGGUAAUGUGUUGUGUCAAAAUGUAAUCUUAAAUACAAUAAUAAUUAUAACUUAAUUUUCCAAAUAAGACAAGAAAUAUACUGCGUAGGCUUCUACAAUUCUGAGAGAUGUGACACUUUUAUAAUAAGCAUUAGUACUUCUCAAGUUAACAGAACUGGAAAUAUUUUACAAGAUGCAGUGUUUUGUAAUCACAAAGAACAUGAACAUUUUGUGGGAAAUGACCUUGGUUUUAUACAUUGUAGCUUAUUUUUUAAAAUACAAUAUUUUACCAGACAGGAAGUGUUAAUAUUAUAAGCAAUUCCUGCUCUCCAAACAAAGGGCUAUGCCUCUUUUAAGCAAGCGUUCUGAUGCAUAUCUUUUCAAUUAACCCUCUGCAGCAAGGGUAGAAAUGCAAAUCAGCUGGAAGAUUAUUACAAGAGAAUCAAGAUGGCAACAGCUACUCCAUUUAUCUUUACCAGCGUGUUUUCAAAGUAUUUUUGGGGAAAAAAAAAAAAAACUUUAAGAAUCAUCUUAUGUAUCUUAAAUCUUUAAAAUGUUAAUAGAUAUGCUUAUAGGCAAUGGGAGAAAUAUACUUGUAAAUUCUUUAGUGUAAAAUGAUAGAUUCCUGUCACAAGGAUAAACUUAUUCCUCAACCUACCAGAACCACAAAGCUGCUUUUAACUAGCAAGUAUCAUUUGAUGGAAAUUUCUAAAAUCAUGGUGUGUAAACCCAAACAUAGAAUUCUUAGGUAAUCAGUGAUGUUUAAAAUAAUUUUGUCCCCAGCACUAACUAAAUAACUUUAAAUUCCUUACCAGAACAAGUGCUUGAUUUUUCACAUGAAGAAUUCACAGACAGGCAAGUCUGAGAUCAGAAAGUCACUGUAUUCCCAAGAGUCGGGAAACAAGGAAGGCAGCCAUGGAGAGUUGAUUAACCGUACAAAUAAUUUUGAGCUUUGCCAAAACCAUUUCAUAAUGCUCUACAGUUUUUUCUAGCCCACUCACUGUUAAAGCAAGAAAGCAUCUUUUCUUUCUAAGAUUUCGGUAAUUCAAAAGCUAAACUAAUUAGUCAAGUAUGCAGAUAACAUCAAAAGAAAAGCUGGGAUAGAAUGGUCGUACACCCGUUGGGCAACCCCUGUAAGGUGGUCAGAGGGUAACUCUGACUUUGCUUUCUAACAGGCUUUAGAAUCUGCACACAUGAGAACUAGAAAUGCAUGGAGUUGGGGGAAAAUGUAUAUAGCCUCAUCUCUGAGAUGAAGCAGCCCAAAUCUCCAUCUUCAUUCUCUUGGAAUAUCUCUAAUGUUGGCAUUAAAGGUUCCCAAGAAGUGUUUAUUGCUGCAUGGUUUUGAACCAAAUGAGUCUUGCUUCCUAUUUAAAUAGAAGCCUCCUAAUCCUUUCUAAGCAGAUGCCUUGGAAAGAACAGGUAGAUUCUGUAAAUGAGCGAUUCAGAUCAGGCAGAAGAAGGACACUAAAGAAUGACGGAGAUCAUGGUGAAGAGGACACACACCCCCUUUAAAGGGGGAUCCCAGCUCUAGACAAUCAGAACCAUACAGAAAUCAGGCCUGGGGCUGCUAGAUCUUCUGACUUGGAAAUAUAAUGUUACCUGACACUUAAGCUAAACUCAGAUUCUUGGCCAACGGUGUGCAGACCAAAGAGAACCUGUAUGUGGGCAGAUGCAGCCUUUGGCCACCAGUUUCAACUGUUGGGAAAAGCAGAUUUCACCUUCCAUAGCCAUCAGUUCAAGUUCUUCCAUCAGCCCUACAAACUCACACAUCGGUACCAUCUGGGCAACUAAAAUCAAAGAAGAGAAAGAGGCCAGUUCUCCCCAGAAAUCAUUCUCAUGGAAGACUUGAAGAUAAAAAUACAAUAUCCUUAAACUAGCUUUGCCUCUGAUCAAAAUAUACUGAAGCGUUAUUCAGCUGUCACUCUGCCUCCUGGCGUGCCCGGGCCAGGCCCCAAAGCAUGGAAUGACUGUAAUCCUAACUUUCUUACUGUUUUAACUGCCGUGACCACUGUGAUGAGGGCUGGCAAAGAACAGCCUUGUGCCUUUGGAGAAGGCAGCCAGGAGCCCCUGCAGUUUAAGAUAGCACACAUUGCCUCCUUGUGCCAAAGCCCUUUGCCAACCCUUCCACACCCCCUCCCACUCCAUCCUGCCUCAUGAGUUUGCAUCCCAGGAUAAAAGUUCCUUUGUUUCACCUCUGACAUGGCAAAAUCCUUGCUUCAGAACUGAUAGGUACUUAGGUAUUUUAGAAUGUCCAGUAACCUCAAAAUGGAGUUUUUCCACGUAGAAAACCUUAACACCUUUCCCUGAGGGCAAAGACAAAAUGGGAAUAAAUGUGUCAUGGAAAAAAUUAGACGUUGCUUCCUUCAUUUGGAUGAACUAAGCUAUUUUAGACUGUGUCUUACACCAGAGUCCUGAUGGUGUUGGGAUAAUCACUAACCCUUUCACAUAUAUGAGAAAGUAUGUCUCUUUCAGAUACAUGACUUCAUUUGACCUUCCCUACAACCCAGUGUAAAAUAAGAAUAUUUAAGAUUACCAUCACCACCUCCAAGGCCAGCCUGGUUCAAGUGGUCUUCAACCUGUGACUCGGCCUCAUUACUGCCUGGAGGGAGGAGGGAAAGAGCGUGUGUAAGAGCUGGCUCAGACCUCAGUCUUCCAGAAUGACUCUAGACCUGAGAAGACCCAGGGACCCAUGUUCUUCACCCAUCCUUACAAUCCAGGUACUUCAGCAUAGAAAUAUAGAGCCCACUCAUUCACAUUGUCAAAUGCACACUCAGUCACCCCCGAAUUUAUCCCUUUAGGGUACCUACCAGACCCCUAUUCCCUAGAUUCCAACUAUCUAAGUGAUUAAUUAUAGGAGUUGAUUAGCUGGUGCAAUGUUCUGAGUAAAACUUGACUCCUUGGAAAAAAAGUUAUUUUGCCGCUAACAUUCAACAUUUGUUAUCCAUGUAAACUUAUGUUGAUGCCCCCAAAUUUGAAAACAGCUCAAAUUUACAAUUUGUAAUGAUCAAAUUGAAAAAUACUGUCAACUCAAUGUUGGAAACACCCGGUAAUAUGGUUAGGUCAAGUUUAAAUCUGAAUAUAAUUUAAACAACAUUGGCAGUGCCUGAGAUUUCUGUCGUUGUGAGUGAUUAAAAGGUUGACCAGUCCCUGAACGGAUUUCAUCUUCCCCUUCUCCCAUCAGCUCACAGGUUUCACAUCCUGAGUUUAGGGUAAAGCCCCUCACAAGUUUAGUCAUGGGGCCUAAACCUUUUUGGCCCAUCACCUGCUUCAUUAACAGGCUUUUUGAUAAAAGAUACUUUUAUUAUGUUUCGAAAGCAAUACGGUGCUGGAGGAAGAAACAGUGAGCUUUCCUCCUCUGCUGGAGAAGAAGCCCGUUUUGCAGUGGUAAGCACCAAUGCCAUGAUAGUGGCAGGACUUCAAAGGACCCAAGCUCUAGGGAAGAAGAAAGAAGCUACCACUCAAAAAAAAAAAAAAACUAUAGAUUUUUGAAAGAAGGUGGAGAUUAUGAAUUCAACACUUAAACUGUAGUCCUUGUUUCUUAAAAAUAUUCUUUCCUAUUGAGCACCAUCCACAUAAUUAUUAACUGCCAGCUUCCAAAGGAAAGAUCCCCUUUAUUUAUAUUAUGAAAGUGUUAAAAAUUAAUUCUCAAGUCUGAUUAACCGUUACAUUUACAUACUUACUAGGGGCAAUUCUCUAAAUUUUUUUUUUUUCCUCUAAAUUUUUAAUUCAGAAAAACUAGCCAGGGGAGCAAGUAGCAACUCCUGAAAAAGGCAACAGCACUAUCAUUAAAGAAAGUAAUUUUCUUUAAAAAAAAAAAAAGUGGCUCAUUUAGUUUCUUCUGAAUUCUCUUUACGUCUCUGACUAAAGAGGAAAAACCAGCAUUCAGAAGAAGAAAUUGAGCGUUAAGGGAGAGAAAGGACAGUUCCCAUUCUAGUUACUAGUCUUGUUUUCCCAUCUCGGCAACCACCUCGAAUUCGCUAGUAAAAUGUUACCCUCUCCUCUUUGCCUUUAUCCGCCCAAGCCAGAGGCCAUGCUGUUAUGUAUGUUUGCUUCCAGAAGCCCCGGAUGAAACAUUUUUGCUUCUGUGUUCCUGAUCUCUCACUCUUCAAUUAAGGUCCAAGGGAAUAAAUAUUACCAGGACUGGUAUGUUAGGCUUAGUCUAUGAGGCUACACCCUUCCUUCCGGGAAAUGCUUCCAUUUGUCUGAACAGUUUUGGGUGAUCAUUCAGAGAGCAGGUCGGUCAGCAGACAACCUGCCACGCUCAUCACAAAAGAUUUGGUCAGACUCACUGAUAAAGAAUGACAAGGCAGAUACCUAAUCCUUUCACUUUGACUCAAAGCCCGCCUCCCAAGUCCCCUACCCCACUGGUCCCCUCCAGAGCAAAGCCAAUGGAGUGAUCAGGGCAGAGGAAGAGAGCUUCACGUUCAUUGCUCUAGGCCCUGACCUCUGCCCAGGAUUACAGAGCAUGAAAAUGGAAUUGACCUUUAUUGUGUGAAAAGGUAGUGGCUCCUGCAGGGUAUAAUUGCUUUAAGUUUAUAUUUAUGCAAAGAGAAAACUCAUCCAGUCUGCUCGUGUUGUGAAGCACGUGUCUCUCACCCUGGUGGAGCCCCCUUCCCAUGUUUUGGGCACAGAUGGCCGAGACAGAAAGGAAAGAGGCAGAGCUUUGGGGGCCAGUGGCUCCAGAGAUGGGAUUACCCCUCAGGGAUAUACAGUGUAGCAUAAUCCAUAAACUACUCCCACCCAAGGGAAAUUAAAAAGCAAAAACAAAAACAAAAAGAACGGAUGCAUCACGGGGUGUACUUCCUUGGCGGUCCAGUGGUUAAGACUGCUCUUCCAGCGAGACAUGUGUUCGAUCCCUGGUCCCUGGUUGGGGAACUAAGAUCCUGUGUGCCGUGUGGUACGGCCAAAAAAAAGAUGCAUCACUUUGCAGAUUACAAAUGCUUGCUUUGCUUAUGCCUUUUCCCCUACACUCUGCUAAUUGGAAAGCAAUGACUGUGACUUGACCAAGCCCUGUGAUGAUAGCAAAGCUUCUUCUUCCAAAGUAUCCCGACUGUUUGGGGGAACCUCUGUGAUCACUGGUAGAAAGCUUUAGAAUAGAUUUAGAUUUUUAGGGAAGAACUCAAUACUCCCCAAAUAUACUAAUUCUGUGACUUCAAUAACUGAAAAUGUCCUGGGUGUAAAAUAACCCAGGCAUGCGGAUCAUAUACGUUUUUUUAAAAUGUCAUUAAUCAGUAUUUUCCUACAACAUGCCCUUAAAUUCCUAUUUUUAUAAUUAAUGGUUGGACGAUAGUCAGCCAUUGAAACAUAAGCUCUCUGGAAUAACCAGACACUAGUGUAGUUUCCAAAGUGUUUCAUGUAUCAAAAUCUAUAUACUUAGAGGAAGAACUCAGGAUAAGAAAAAAUCGCUAGGUCCCAAAGGGUUUGUAACUAUCAUCAAAUACUACAGCCGAGUGGCCUGCGGUCAUCUUUUUCAAAUGAGGGAGCCGGGGAUUGAGAGAACCACAGUCAAUACAAGACCUCUGUUGCCCUUCAUCCAUGAUAGGGUUUAAAAACAUGCUACUUUUAAGAAUUAAGCCAUCUUUCAAAUUGUUUUCUACACCAAAUCUAACCUAUUAAAAUGAAAUUAUAAAAUAGCUAAAAUGGGGUAUUUAAUGGAAAUUGCUGAGAGUAGAAAGCAUUGCUUUUUAGUGCCUGCUAGACAAAAAGAGAAAGACAGAAGAAGCAACCCUUCCUGUACGAUGCGGGUGUUAACGUGACCGGCAUUAACUCGGAAUCGGGCACUAAUUCAAAAGCAAUGAGGCAAUGCUCUCCAAUUUUUAGAGAUUUUUCAAAAUGCAAUCUUACCACCAUUCGGAGGUAAGUACUGGCUUAACAAAAGUCUUUAAUAUUAGUGAAUGAAUGUAAAAAGUUACAAACUAUGCAUUUUCAAAGAGUAAUGUUAUUUUGUAUCCAAUCCAAGUCAAUUUUUUUCAUAAGAGACUUACCACAACUGCAAAUUGUUCAAAACACAUUUGAAUGCAUGUCAUUACGGGGUUGUAGGACUUCCAUCUACAUAGUUCUAGCUGAUAUUUUUAAAGACAGUGCAUUGAAAUUUCAGGCUCUAAACAAAUUCAGCCAUGAAGUGAAUAAAGGAGAAAUGGUUUAUAUUUUACUUCUUCAGCAGAAAUGGGAAAUGUGGGCUGUUACAAAAAUGGGCCCAGUUCUUUUAAAGGUGACUGUUCUAGUAACACUGGAUUAACAAGCAAACAAAACUACAUGAAGUUAAUGAGUAUUGCCUUGGAUGAAUAUAGCAUAGGUUGUGUCUAUUGUGUUUUAAGUCGCAAUCUAAGGAAAAAAACUAUUCUCCAAAGGGUUUGGAUUAUAUAGUUUUGAAGAACAAAACAUAAAAAUAUUGUCCAGCAAAGCAAAAUCAUUGGUCUUUUUUUCAAAGUUAUUUGGAGAUCAUUACUUGUAUUUUUUGGAAAGUCCAUAUAAAACAUACACACAUUUCUUCAGCCCUCUUAGAUUUUGUAUUUCCUUGAAACCUUUUUCCCUAAUAAUUUAUCUUUGCUCCUUAAUCAGUACUUUCCUACAUUACUCAGCAUGAAAAAAAUUCUUUCCUUCAUCUGACAAUGUUGAAAUAAAGAACUCCAUUUCUCUGCCAUUCCGGAUCUCUUCUGUGUCCACUGAGAAAGUUUCUCAGCUGUUUGUAUGUAAAAUAUGGAAAAACACACUUCUAAACCUGGUACUUGUGGUUAUACUGGAUAUGUUUGCUACCUAUUUAGAAGUUAUUGGGGGUGGGGAUGUGUCUUUUUAUAUGAUUUUUAGCCAAAUUCAGAUGUUCUGAUACUACAUUUCUGAAUACCUAUCCGACUGUAAAUACAGCCUGAGAAGGUUCAGGUUAAUAAACCUUUUAUGUGACUGUUCCUCAGCCAUGCUCCUUGCCAGCUUUGGGCACCUUGUACAUAGAUCUGUCGAAUGUUUAAAUGAUGUUGUUUUUCUAAAUGCUGUUCUCUAAAACAACUUUUUGAAUGUUUUUUUGCUUUCCAUUGUUUGGGACUUUGUGUGUUGGUUAAACAAAAAAUGUUUCCUAAAUAUUUAACACCAGGAAAACUAUUUCAAAUAAACUGGUGCUAAUUGAAAGAGAAGAAAAAUUUCAGAUGGAAGAUUUACAAUAUAAAAUGUUGACACCAAUUAAAGUAAACUGCACUUUCCCAAGGGGACAGCUGGCAUCUACCUGCAAUGGGCAUCACAAGGACCACUGAAUGUUUACAGUUUCUGUGGCCCACUUAAGCAUAAAAUAUAGAAAUGGUGCUGUCCCCCCAGAGUUGAGGAUUUGCUACGUUGGUCCUAUGGAAGCAUUUAAGUAGAAGUAAAGGUCUGUAGUAAGAAUCACUUUAGUAAUAGUCUUCUGGUCUUUGGACUUUCAUGUUCUGUAAUGCUUAGCUGUAACAAUGAAUAUGGUGUUGCAAUCUAGUCUGACGUCAUCGUUGCCCUGUAUUUCCUGCGUGUAUGGUUCUACCUUGGGUUGCACUGGCACGUGCCGAGCCAGAACACUGGACUUUCAGGAAGACCAUUCUGACUUCUACGGUGUCCACACACAUGCAUUGAAAUGCACUUGUAACUGGUUAAUUACCAUGAAGUCUAACUUCCACUUAAUAAAAGUUUUUGUGUAUCUGCUUCUA